CCGUAUACGUGGGCAUCUCUUUGGAUGCCGUCUGCAAACACGAUUUAUUUAUACACUUCUUACAUUGUCUCAUACCAAAUUUCCAUUUGAAUUUACUUGUUAUUGGCUGUUGAUUACAACUCCUAGAUAUCUGCUCAGAUCAGCACUGCUACAAAGAUUAUCCACCUGCAUAAUACCCCAAAAGUCAUAGAUGGAUACAUCUUCCAGCUCCCAAUCUCAGAGACUUGAUGAGCCAACUCCUGAGCCAUCCCCAACAACAUCAUCAUCAUACGAAGCAGGAACAGCAGCACCAUGGUACUCACUACCACCCGCAAACCAUCACAGACAGUCGAGAUCCAUUCCCAAUAUGCAGCAGUCUUAUGCCGCAUUUUCCCCAGUCCCCCAGGCCUGUUCAAUCCCCAUUUUGAGCCAGCCUUAUAAUUUCCAAGUACCCCAAAAAAGAAUAAGAAGUCCCCAAGACAUCGAGAAAUUCCAUCUGUCAGAUUCUGGAAGAACCUUCUUAGGUUUCAUUGUAGCACUCAACGAUUCAAUCAGAGGACACAAAAUCUCAGACCCUUGCAUUGAAUCCCCAAUCGUGAAAGCAAUCGUUGAGGUUUUAGAAACAAUGAGCAAUUGGGUGGAUGAGAUUCCCCCAUUGCAGCAGCCCGCGAGGUAUGGAAACCCAGCUUUUAGGCUUUGGCAGGAGAGGCUGCGACAAGAGGGGCUGGAGUUGGUGCUAAAACUUUUGCCUGAAGAGAUUUCUGGUGCAGUAAUUGAAAUUUUUCCUUACUUCGCUGAUAGUUUUGGGAGUGCCAUGAGGAUUGAUUAUGGAACAGGGCACGAGGUCAAUUUUGCAGCAUGGUUGUUGUGCUUGGCCAGGUUAGGUUUAAUUGUCGAGGAAGAUUAUCAGGCUGUGGUGUCAAGGAUAUUUGUUAAGUACCUGGAUUUGAUGAGACGGUUGCAGACUACUUACUGGCUCGAGCCUGCAGGGUCUCAUGGAGUUUGGGGACUGGAUGAUUACCAUUUUUUGCCUUUCAUAUUUGGGUCUUCACAGCUUUUGGAUCACAAGUAUAUAAAACCUAAGUCAAUACACAGUGAGGAGAUACUUAGUGGUUUUUCUCACGAUUAUCUGUAUUUUUCGUGUGUGGCCUUCGUGAAGAAGGUAAAGAAGGGUGCUUUUGCAGAACACUCGCCCAUGAUGGAUGAUAUAAGUGGGGUGGCUACUUGGGCUAAGGUCAACAGUGGGAUGCUUAAGAUGUACAAGGCAGAUGUGCUGGAAAAAGUGCCCAUUAUGCAGCAUUUUCUAUUUGGCUCGAUUAUCAAAUGGGAGUGAGCAAAAGAGUUUGUAGAGAAUGAAGCUUAUGCUUGCAAUAUUUUGCAGGCUUGCGAAUUUCAAUUUCCAGGGACUUUUCCAAGCAAAAUAUAAAAAGGAUGCUACACAUACAUGGGUCCUGAUGCUGUAUCAUUUACAUAAUCAGAAUUUACUUAUUUCCUGGACAAACUUCCAACGCUAAUUUUUGUUGUAUUUUUGGACUUUAAUGAUAAUAACAUAUGUAUUUUUUGCACUGAUGUAUCUAGAGACCCAUCUCCUUAUUGAUCUAGAGAAAUCCUUACUAGCAUCUAAAACCACCCAUAUAAAGUAACAGUGACAUUCACAUAGUUUGGACCUUAGUUACCAGAAACGCGACGGGAGAUCUCCGAAAGGCGUAUCGAAACGGGUUUCUCGUAGCGAAUGGCCGUUUCCAAUCACUAAUUUACAGCCAAUAAAAACUAGCACACUAUCUUUUUUCAAACUUCGACCAGUCCAGUUUUAUUAAUGCCAAAAAAAGAAACACUAGAGUUGAUGUUAAUUUAUUGAUUUUCAAGAACAGUUAACUAUCACAUUUUGUAAAGGGUUUCGGGGUCCCUUCAAAACCUGUUUUUGCCUUAAGCCAAAACUAUCACAUGAACUUAUGUUUUUUUU